AUGGAGGACCCAACGAGCUUCGUCGACGAGAUCGCAACGUGGUUCGACAUUGAAGCCGAUAGCCCCGUCCUGGCCGUCUUCUGGGGCGCCUUCGUCCUCCUCGCCUUCGCCUUCGUUGCGCUCGCCGCCUUUGUCAUCACGCAAUGGACCGAGUGGUACACUGGCCGCUUUGGCUCCGUGGCCGGCCCGUCGCCUGAGCGUGGCACCGGCGGCCUGAAGACCUGGCUUUCGAGGGCCUUCUACUUCGGGCUGUACCUCGACGGGUGCGGGAUCGCGCUGCUGCUGGUCGUGCUGUCGCCGGCGCUGGCCAUUGUGGCCAUGGGGCUGGCGCCGCUGAUCGCGCUGGGGGUAGGAGUGUUUGGGAUGGGCGGCGACGAGGACGCCGGUACGAAGACGAAGCCGAACGUCGCUGAGGAGAGGAAGGGACAGAUGAGCAAUGAGCCCCCUUCCGACCUCGAGAUCUUCACGAAACCUGGCGCUCGGUCGUCAUUGGCUUUUUCGGCGUCUCUGCCAUCCUCUUCGGACUUCGCCAGUCUCUCGGCAGAUCUUGGUGUCCUUUCUGCAGACAUCACGAAAACAAAUGAAUACGACCAGUUCCAUAUAUUUCGACCGCUCAUCAACGCCAUGUUCACCAUCUCCAUCAACCCCCUCAUAGAGUGGGCGUCCAACAUACCCGAGGACAGCCCCUGGAACCUCGCCGUCAUCAUGCCCCUCAUACUCCUGGGGCUCUACUACCUCUUCGGGAGCAUCCACGCCAUCAUGCUCUUCUCCGACUGGUUCGGUAACCGAUUCACAUCCGUCACCGGCGCCGCGACCGACAGUCUGUUGACGCGCGCAAUGUACCUCGGCCUCUGGCUCGACGGCUCCAUCCUCCUGAUCGCCGCUGUCCUCGUCUCGCCGCUCGGCAUCCUCGCCGCCAUGGCCACGGCCCCGUUUGUCGCGUUGGCGGUGGCGGGAAAGAGACUCCUCCGGCGUCGGGUCGCGGCGUGGCGGGGGAAUGGCAAGGGGCUCGUCGAGAUGAUGUUUCUGGACUUUGAAUCGCCGGUCCAGGUGGCAGCUGUGGCUUUCGUGGCCGGGGGGCUCAUACUGGGUCACCUGUGGACGAUAUGA